AUGUUUAAACUCGCGAAGUCGCUCUUUCGAAGGCAACCAUGGCCCCAACUCAAAUUUCCGACAUCUGAUUUCAAAGUCGUCAGCGACGGGGUAUUGUUUGAGGAAGAACAGCUUGAGGAGUUUCACAGGGGCAUCUACUAUCCUGUCAACAUAGGAGAUGUCUUCGCGUCGAAGUACCAAGUAGUAGGCAAACUUGGUUUCGGUGUUACGUCAACUGUUUGGCUGGCCCGUGAUCUACAGCAAGUUGGCAUUCGCCGCCAUGCCUAUACUACGUUGAAAGUUUUCACAAGAGAGGGAAUGGAUGAGGAUGAGUACAACAUGUACAAUAUCUUAAGCAAAGGCAAUGCUUCGCAUCAAGGAUACAAUCACGUCCGGACAGCCCUCGACUUGUUUACCAUUCCCCAACAAGGUGGCGAUCAUCGAUGUCUUGUCCAGAAACCAAUGUGGGAUAGUUUCAGGGAUCUCUUGAACAGAAACCCCGCGCACCGCUUCACGGACGAGCUGCUAAAAGCUGGGUUGUCGCAAGUGUUCCUCGCACUUGAUUACCUUCACACAGAAGCCAAGAUCAUACAUACAGACAUCAAAUCCGACAACAUCCUCAUAGAAAUCGAGGAUCAGGGCAUCUUGAAAGCCUUUGUUGACGCCGAAAUGACAUGUCCCUCGGCUCGAAAAGUCGUAGAUGCCAAGCCAAUCUAUGCGACACGACAGUUUGGAUUGCCGAAAGAGUAUGGUCGUGUUGUCCUUGGAGACUUCGGCUCUGCAGUUCGUGGCGACAAACCUCAGAUCCAUGACGCGCAACCAGAUGUCUACCGAUGUCCAGAGGUUAUUCUGAAGACUGAAUGGGGUUAUCCAGCUGAUAUCUGGAACGUUGGAGCGAUGAUUUGGGACCUAUAUGAGGAUAAACACCUCUUUUACGGCAUCGAUCCAACCGAAAAGCGAUACCUGACCAGAGCUCAUCUCGCGGAAUUAGUCGCCAUGCUCGGUCCGCCGCCGAUGGAUAUGCUAGAGAGAGGAGCGCGGAGCAAAGAAUUCUUCGACGGUGAAGGCUUGACGUUGGAGUCGUCGGAAGAGAAUCUAGGUGGAGAAGAGAAAGAGGAUUUCUUGCAGUUUGUGAGGUGCAUGUUGCAGUGGAGGCCGGAGGAUCGAUGGACCGCAAAGGAGUUGCUUGGACAUCCUUGGAUGAGAGGGAUCUUGUAG